CGAGUGUCUCAUUUCAUCAUGUGCAUUUAUACGGUGUGGAGGAGGAGCAAUGCUGGCGUUGACAUAGUGGCACAUACGUUUUUCUCAUAACGUGAAGCUUGUUGCGUUACGGCUUGCGCGAGCGCACAUUAUAGUUCUCAACUUUUACAUCUUCUAAAGCAUCCUCCUCCCCUAUAACGUGGUUUAACUUAUCAACUUAAACAGCGAUGAACUUUUCCCCAUUCCCUAAAGGCAUCUGACAACAUUUAGCCAGCGUUUUGAUGAUAGAUGGAUGAUAGAGGAUGUCAAAUGUAAUUAUUAUCCGUGUUUUGCUUCACUAUUAAUUGAAGUCUGAGGCACGGUUGGCGCCACUCAUCUCUUUUUCUAAAGCAGCGAAAUAUACUUCUGUUUCACCAACCCUUUCUUAAUGAUGGACCUCACGGAAAGAGAAAUCUACCUUGAAACAUAGGUGUUGUACUGUACACUCCUUAGGUGAUCAUUACCCUGGAUAUACUGUAAAUCGAAGCCUGCCUAAAUAAGAUCUUGGGAAGUAAUCUCUGCAACUGCUUUGAAUCGCACGAAGGAGCAUGGCAGGAAGAUUAAAAUAAUGGCCCCUCGUAGGAGUGUGAACAUUUUUCAGUUCGGGAUUUCAGCGAGUGGGCAGUGACAACAUAUGAGGCUUGGAAUAUAUUAUCAUUCCCUUCCUCAUAAAGAAAUCACCUUGAAAAUGGGAGUCUCUAGAGAGUUACUCAAUUUCGACAACCUCACAGCAAGAGAAAACGAGUUUCUCGCCCAAUCAAUUGAAACCCACGUGGAUGUAUUGUUUAUCGUUAGAAUAACAAUAAGCUACGUUGGGUUGGCCAUCGUCAUGUUUGGUAUGGGUUGUUUCAUCUCGAUGGAUGACUUCUCUCGUAAAGAAAUGCAUCUUCCUCAGAGCGUGAUGAUUGGUCUAGGUCUCCAGUACUUCAUCCAGCCCCUGGUCGGUUAUCUCCUGGCUCUCAUCCUAGACAUGGGUACCUUCGAUGCCCUGUCUAUUAUCAUGCUGGCCGUGUGUCCUGUAUCACCAUUCUGUUCUGUCCUCGUCUACUACGGAGGAGGGUUUGUCACUGUCGGAUUGUGCCUUUCAAUGUUUUCUACAGCCUUAUCGAUAGGGCUCAUUCCAUUCUGGUUUUCCUUCUACUCGAGUGCGUGGUCAAAUGCAUAUUACGUCAUCGGUACACCUCGUGAAAUCCUCAUCACCGAAGUCAUCAUCUUCAUACCUACUGGGUUAGGUGUGCUCUUCAAGAGAUUGGCAGGGGAGAAGCGGGCCAGGAAAGUAGCCAAGAUUUGCAGCUUUGCAUUUGUAGUGACUGUUGUGGUAUGUCCUAUCCUGAACGGCAUAAACCAUCCAAAUCACUAUAUCGGUGCCUGGCAGCUUUGGGUAGGUGGCUGUCUCCUACCCUUUGUUGGAUUCAUCUUUGGUCUCAUCCUCGCUUCCUUCUUCAAGUUACCAUACGAGGCCUGCAGUGCUGUCUCGCUCGCUGUCGGCACACCGAAUUGGUUCAUUGCCUCAGCCAUGGCCUGGAACUAUUUUGGGCAAGACGAAAACGCUCUCCAUGAAGUUCUUACCCUGGUGUCCAUCUUCAGCAUAUCCAUGCCUAUCGAGGGGUUCAUCUGGUCCGUGGCCUAUUACGGGGUCGAAGAGCUCAUCCGAAAGAUUUACCCCAAAAUCGUCAUGAUGUUCGAUGAUCCCGAUAGCGAUGACGAAUUGGAGGUUACCGAACUAGAUGAGGAGAUGAAGAGGAAGAAAGAGAGAGUUGUGUAUAUACUUGGACAAGUGUUGGACGAUGAAGAAGAAUAUUAACCAUAUUGCAUUAACUUUCCAUUAUAACUUAACACAUCAGGACAGCGAGGAAUGGAGGAAGGGGGUGGUACUUUCCACUUCAUAAAAUGAUCCAUAUAGUGCAAAAUCACAGUCAACAAUGAGAUUUCACAGAAUACCCUCAGUGUGAUACGCGAUGUACUGUGACUUUGUUCCAUUUGGGGUGUUUAUUCUUGUUCAUGUUAAAUAUUACAAUGAUUAUGAUAAAAGACUAACAUACACGAGGACUAUACACCAUCGGCUAAAGAACCCCUCGUAUAGUCGACUGGGUCUUACCCAAUGAAAAUUUCUGUUCGUGGUAUUCACCGACCGUUGUUAUAAGCUACUGAAAAUCUUUGUAUCUGAUUGGCUAAGAGCAAAUUAGUCGAUGAAAAUCACCGACUCGCCAUACGAAACGGUCCCCCGAUGCAGAUCUGGGUGCGUGCAUCUCCCCCUUCAAAUUUUGACCAUCUACCAUACUCUACGCUACUGCCUUAUCUGCUGGCUUUCAUCGUUGCAAAUAAUGCUAUCAUAAUCAGUGUCAAGGAAAUCCCUCAAUUUUGUAUUUUCUUAAGAGUUUUUUUUUUUAAUAUGAAAACUGCAAUUCUGUGUGGAAUAUAGAUUGCCCUCUUCCUAGUGGACAGUAAAAAUGCUGUUUAAAUGUACAUCGCUGUUUACACUCUUAAAAUAGUUAGGUAAAAGUGCCCAACUUUUAACCAACCCU